AUGAGUCAAGAAAGAAAAGAUUUUGAAAAAUAGUUUAUCCUCUCUAUUAACAUUAUCAUAAACAAGAUAAUGGUUUUAAAUUAAAGGAAGCAAAUUUAAAUUAUUAGAGAAAAAAUAAUACUUCAAAGGAGAGGAUUUCAUGAAAUUUACAACAGCAAAUUAUGAAGAAAUAAAGAAUUUAGUACCUUUAACUGACAAAAAGAAAGAUACAUCUUAGAUAGCAAAAUUAUUAUAAGAGUUGAUAGACAUAGUGAUGAUCCAAAGAAAAAAUGGCCAAGAAAGCUUACUUUAGUUAGAGUUUUAUUAUUUUAAUAUGUGAUAGGAUUAAUCUUUUAUGGAAGAUGGCUUUUACAUUUGGAAUAUAGAUGUCAAGAAUAAGAUAAAUUAUAUUAAGUUGGCUGCCAUAUUAAUAGGUGUAUUUUUAAUCUGUCUAUUUCCAAUUUGGCCAUUUUCAUUUAAGUAUGGUAUAUUUAAAUUAACAUUAUAUUUGCUUAUAUUUUUAAUUGGACUUUAAGUAAUUAGAUUGUUGUUGUAUUCAGUUAUAAGAUUAUUUGGUAUGAAUUUUGGAUUUUACCAAAUAUAAAUGAUGAUGUAAUUUUAAUCUAAAUUAUAUAGUCUCAUGGAAUUUUAGGAUCAUUUCUUCCUAUUUAUUACUGCUGAAAAAAUAGAAAUAGUACUUCGUUUCAUAGUAACGAUAGCAUUUUUUGCAUUAAUUUUUUUAAUUGUUUAGGAACCUCAUCAUCUCAACAAUUUUUCAGAUGCAAAAGGAUAAACUUUAGAUGAUAUUUUGAUAUUGGGAAAAGAAAAGAUGGAAGCAAAAUAAGUAAAUUUUAAAAUAGAUGUAAGGAACCUUUGCAUAGAAGAGCUAUUCCUAAUUUAAGUGAAUUAAUAAAGUAAGCAGAGGAAGAUCUAAAAAUGCUUAAAAGGAGAUUUAAAAUGAAAAUUUGGGAGCAAUGGAAAUAUAAAAUGAUUUGUGAAUAUUUAAUAAAUUUUGAUAAUAGGUUAUGA